AGUGUCGUGUUGUUGUGCCCACGCGCUUCUCUCUGGUUCCUCGUGUUGAAGCAGUAACACGCGGAUUCGUGCGCACACACUCGAGGAAGAAGCUGAGGAUCAUGGACAUGAAGAAGAGGGUCUCCUUGGAGCUGCGACACCGGUCACCCACAGAGGUGCAGGAGCUGGUUCUAGACAACUGUCGCUCCAGCGAAGGGAAGAUCGAGGGCAUCACGGAGGAGUUCUCCAACCUGGAGCUGCUGAGCCUCAUCAACGUGGGCCUGACCAGCGCCGCAGACCUCCCCAAGCUGGACAAGCUGAAGAAGCUGGAGCUCAGUGACAACAGGAUAUCGGGCGGCCUGGAGGUCCUGGCCGAGCGACUGGUGAAUCUAACGCACCUCAACCUCAGCGGGAACAAGUUCAAAGAUAUCAGCACCCUGGAGCCCCUGAAAAAGCUGCCCCAGCUGAAGAGUCUGGAUCUGUUUAACUGUGAAGUGACGAACUUGGCCGACUACCGAGAGUCCAUCUUCAAGCUCCUCCCCCAGCUCACCUACCUGGACGGCUACGAUAUCGACGACUGCGAAGCGUCCGACUCGGACGGCGAGGGGGACGGCCUGGAGGACGAAGAGGAGGGAGACUCAGAAGACUUUGAGGAAGAGGAGGAGGACGAUGAGGAGGACGUUGUGGCGGUUGAAGAUGACGAUGACGACGACAGCGCUGACGAAGAGGAAGGGGAAGUGAACGGAGACGUGGACAGUGAGGACGAUGACGAGGAUGAAGACGAUGAGGACGAAGAUGACGAGGACUCGUCUCCGGCCAAAGGAGAGAAGAGGAAAAGGGACCCUGAGGAAGAUGAGGACGACGACGAUGAAGAUGAAGAUUAAAGAUCCAAAGACUCUGCAAACCCGCUGACCUCUUGCCCCCCCCCCCCCCCACUCGGCCGACUCCUGGGCUGCGUCCCUUUUCUGACACUGGUCUCCUCCUCUGGGCUCUCGUCAAUCUCGCAGAUCGAAACAACCUCCGAUAACUGGACCUGAUCAGGGUUUUGUCCUGGUCCCAGUUUUUUAGACCUCAUCCCACAGCUUGACUCUUAUAAUAAAAUACAAUUAAUCAACUAAUUUCACCGUUAAUCUGAUCUAAAGUUCUGAUAAGAACCCGCAAGAACUUUCUCUGAGGAUUUUUACUUCCUGGCGUCUUUUCACAUUUAUCUAAAGUUUUUUAUGAAUUACGGGUUCACCUGCAGCUCAUUUGUCACAUCACUCGUUUAAAACGUUUAUUUAAACGUCUUGUAGAAGCUGAAUCAGAUAUUUUAUCGUUUUCUGCCUUUUUGUUUGACAAAUAAAGUGAUUAUCACAAUUGCUGCAGAUUAGUACUCUGAUCAACUAAUUGAUUGAGUCCAUCGAGCUCGUCUGAGGAUCCAGAGCGUUUCCUCUGGGACGACUUUAUUUUACAAACCGCAGCUGAACACGGUUAAAUCUGAAGUGUCUGCAGGAAACGAGUUUCGUCUUUUUCUCAGAAUAAAAAAACCAAACGGAACCGAGAGCUGCAUCUCGGCAGAAAUCCUCAGGAAGUGAUGUCACUUUUAGCUCCGCCUUUGUUUUUCUAUUUUUCCAGAGCUCAAACCUCGGUCACAUUUCCUAAUUACUCCAUUUUCUGACGUUUCCUCGUCGGUGACGUUUUUCUCUCGCUGUCGUCUAGAAAACGAGAAAUCACACGUUCGGGUUGUUUCUCUGGAGCAAGGGCUCAUGGGAGGUAACGGCACUUUUGGGAUGCACAAAAACAACCUCCCUUCUUUCUCGUCCUCUCACCUUCCAUCCGUCCCUCUCUGACAUCAUCACGCUUUGUUCUGUGAUGUCACUGAUGGACACACCCCCACCCCGCUCUAUUCCCCCGAGGCCGAGCGCGCUCAGGGCAAACUGUUCUCUCUCUCUCUCUCUCUCUCUCUCUUUGCCAACAGAGCUUUUUAAAAGAAAUAUUUUUUCAGAGAAAUUGUUUUGUUUGAUUUUGUACGGUUGUCUGGGGACACUCUCUCUCUUCAUCUCUCUCUCCCUCUCUGCCUCUUUUCUUUUCUCUCCAGGAGAGAUCCAGUCGUUCCUUCAUACUUACACUGACUAGUUGAAUUUGUGUUUUUUUUUACUUUCUGUAAGUUAAAGGAAAAAACUAAUAAAAAAACAAAAAGGACUUUGUAAAUAAAAUCUUAACAUUUUG